AGACCACCUCUGUGGGUCGUGUUAGAUCAGGUCACAGAUCCAAUGAAUAUGGGAGCAGUGCUACGCUCAGCGUACUUCUUGGGUGCUUCUGGUGUCGUCACAUGCAGGAGAAACAGUUGCCCUAUCACGCCAACGGUUAGUCGUGCGAGCGCUGGUGCCGCCGAGCGUAUGAUAGUGCACGAUGCGAAGAAGAUUCCCGAGUUCUUACAG